UUGUUAACCAAAUCAACUGUAUCUCGCAAAUAAGAUCUUUGCUUGAUGACCGCCUCCUGUAGGAAGUGGUCAACAAAUUCAGAAAGGUUACUGGUGAUUCUUGGAUUUCUCUUUUACCUACUCAAUAUUGCCAUCUGCUGUGAAUUGAAAAAGGAAAAUAUGGACUUUUCACCCCACCGUGGCUUGCAUGAAGGAAGGUACAGGUCUCCUUCCCUUCAAGAUACCACCAUGAGCUCCAGCCACACCCAGAAGAACCGAGGGGACUCCACUCCGCUGCCUCCAAUCAACGAGCGCCUGGCUUUCCUGCGGCCGUCCAGAGAGCUGUUAGAGUAUUACCGCAAGAAGAUCGCUGAGUUUGAUGAGGAACACGAGGAUCUGGUAAAGCAACUGGAGCAAUACAAAGCUACCUUUGAGGAGCAGCACAAGCUGCAGUGGGAGAUGCGUCAGCGCGAGGAAGAGAUCUCGGAGCUGCAGAAGGCACUAAGUGACAUGCAGGUUUAUCUGUUCCAGGAACGAGAGCACGUGCUGCGCCUAUACUCGGAGAAUGAUAGGCUGAAAAUCAGAGAGUUGGAGGAUAGGAAGAAGAUCCAGAAGCUUUUGGCAUUGGUUGGGACCAGUGAGGGUGACGUUACUUACUUCCACAAGGAGCCCCCAAACAAGGUCACCAUUCCCCAACGUGCUGUUCAGUCUGGGGAUCCAUACGCCCGGAAACUGCAACGUUCAGGCCAGGCAGGUACCAAACAAGCACCCCUGAAAGCACCGGGGAAGCAAGACAGAAGCAAAGAGGGCAAGAAAGAAGAUCCCCAGAUUCUUUUGCUUCAGGUGGAGGCGCUGCAGGCCCAGCUGGAAGAGCAGACACGACUAUCCAAAGAGCAGAUAGAGACUCUGUUAGAGGACAGGAAGGUCCGCGUGGAAGAAACCCAGGUGCAGCACCAAAGAGACCAGGACAAAAUGAAAUCUAUGACAGAUAAGCUGAAUAAGACCCAGAAAUUGCUGUACGAGAGCACCAGGGAUUUCCUGCAACUGAAAUUUGAGUGCCGAGCCAAUGAGAAAUCUUGGAUGGCCGAGAAAGAUCGGCUGCUCCGAGAGCUAGACCGGUGCCGAGAGCAGUUGGCUUUAAGUAGUGACCCCGAGCAAGAGCGGGAACACGAGCGAGAGAUCCUGCGUUUGUCAUUGGCUGAGAAAGCACAUCGGCACUCGCACAGUGAGGAAGUGAAGUCUCUUACAGAGCAGCUGGCACAAGCACAUCGCCUCGCUGAAAUGUACCGGGAGCAGUGUGUGACACUGGAGGAUGAGCUGGGAAAGAUACGAGAGGAGGGAGACGUGGGCAGGGAAAUCUUCAAGGAACGUUCCGAUAAGGUGGCCAAGCGUCUGCAAUUGAUGACGCAGAGAUACGAGGCUCUGGAGAAGAGGCGCAACAUGGAGGUAGAGGGCUAUAAGACUGACAUCAAGCUGCUGAGACAGCGGUUAAAGGAUGUAGAGAAGCAACUAUUCAAGGUGACGCUGAACAUCGGGCCAGACCAAGAUCUUGCCAUUCUGGAUGCAGUGCGGCAGGGCAACAAAAAGACGCAAAAAAUUCAAGGGGAACUGCGCAACUUAAAGGCCAAAAUCUAUGGCCUGGAGAAUGAACUGAGAAUCGGAUAGAGCACAAGGGAGACUGACGGAGCUGCCACACUAAACAAGGAGCCACAGGUGUUGGGCGAUAUUCCUCUGCACCCCCCUUUCACCCCGGAGCUCGGCAAUGAAAGGGUGCGUGAGGAGCUGCCUUGCAGAUGGUCUCCUGCCUGGGUCUCUCUGCAGGCACUCGCUGAUAAAGAAGCGGAACUCGUCGCUCCUGGAAAAAAAAAUGGUGGUAAAAUUAUAAUUGUUUGUGUUACAUUUCCCAGAGUUCACAGUGUGAUGACUCUGAUCCUGCCGCUCUGUACCCAACCCAAUCACAGCACAGGCAGCAAUAGGGGGUGAGCCCCUUCCCUUCUAAGGGUUCCACUGCUCUGCCUGAAAUGGGGGGCUAUUGCACUUACUUGGUUUUGCCUAUAUCUUAGCCCGGCUUGUAUUGGCUGCCAGAUACCGGCCCCAAGAUCUCAAGCUCAGCACGAGAGUCUGCAUUUGCGCAUAGAGCUACACAUAUUACGCAUCACCUUCACCCUUAUUUCAGCCCGGACUGGGAUACAAAAUAGGCCCUGGCAUUUCAUAUACACAGAGGCCAAAACAGCCCCCCAGCCCAAUAAAUAGCCACUGCCUAUGGCAUCUCACAGCAUUUACCUGCCCUCACUUAUUUCCCAUUUAUCCCUUCCCCAUCCUUACUUUACCUCAUAUCCCAAUGUCCCCCUCACCAUAAAGUCUACAUUGCCCAUUUACCCACCUUUCCUGACUCUCUCAUUCACACUCUCCACCUAACUGCCUAUUCUAUUUCCCCACCCUCUGCACCUAACUGCCUAUUCUACCCUCUUGCUGCCUUUUCCUAUUCUAGUGAAAGUGACUCACCAAUUGCCCCGUGAUGGUAAUGAUGGAAUAGGACCGGUUGUUAUUUUCUGGAUCAGCUUCUGCUUGGGAAGUUUUCUGAAUGCUAAGAUGUAAAGAUACAACACAAAAACAUGAUGAUUUACUUAAAUUGACAUUUUUACCCUACAAAGGUACUUGCCAGGUUUUAGUUACCAAUUCUUAACAUUUCUGUUUUAAAUUCUUAUUAAAUGGGUACAUUUUCAAGUUUGAAAAGUCGAAUUCUGAAAGAAUUCCAGUUUCUUUGCCUCAAAAAAUUGUGUAUUAUGGAAACACAGCAAAUUAAAAUGUUAGUAUAUCCGCCCCUUUGUUUUAAAUAUUUCAUAAUAUUCUAUUUUACAGCGUGACACAUAAAUGCCCCCUGCCCAUUCUACUAACAGUUCUACAUGCAGUACAGUACACACACACACACACACACACACACAUUAGGGUUUACUUACGGAGAUGUCCUUCCGCCAUUUCAAUGGCUGCAAUCCCUAGGGACCAGAUGUCAGCCUGGAUAUUACAAUAUGGGGGAAAAGACGGGUAUUAGAGAAGAUUAUACACAGAGUACAUGAAAAUAAUUCCAGUUGCAGAUGAUUUGGAUACUUCUGAUACCUAUCCACCCACACCCUGAUAGUGAUUCUAUUUGGCUUGCACAAUAACAAAUCCAUUAGAAGCCUAUAAUCCAGUAGUUAAUUGCCAUGACUUUUAUGUCUAGAAAAUGACCCCAAAUACCCCAAACUGAGAGUCUGGAGUGUUACAUGGAGUGAGACAUCCCCAUAAAGCAUAAGCAGUCUAAUGGAGUUGGUUUCUAUUAUUCUUGUGUCCUGCACUUAAAAUGCAUUUCACUCUCUCAUUU